ACCUCAUAAAUAACUGUCCUAGUUCUACCGUAUCUUUUGUUUCAUUUCUUCUGGAACAACCACAAAAACGUUUUUGAUUAUGGAUCUACUACCAGAAACUCAAUGCGUAAUCUCAGCAUUCAAUGUGUAUUCCUGAAUAAUCUCAUUUUUCAAUUAUUCAACCAUUUCAUUUUACCGAGUUCAACAUUAGCCAGAUUAGUCAACAUUUAUAUGUUUCGAUGCAACAACAAGAUGUUAUUUGUAACAAGUAGUUUUGUUGGUUGGUUAAUUGGUCACAUUUUAUUCAUGAAAUGGGUUGGAUUGGUAUUAUUCUGGAUACGGAAAAAUAAUUCUAUUAGAUCGAAUAAGUACCUUGUGUCAGAAUUGAGAAAUUCUAUGGCUCGAAUCUUUAGUAUUCUCUUAUUUAUCACCUGUGUCUACUAUUUAGGCAGAAUGCCGUCGCCUAUUGUUACUAAGAAACUAAAAGAAGAAACUGCCGAAACGGAAGAAAGGGGGGAAAGUGAGGGAGAAACAGAUGUAGAAAUCGAAACAAUUUCUGAAACGAAGGGGACUAAACAGGAAGAAGGAUCCAUCGAAGAAGACCCUUCCCCUUCCCUUUGUUCGGAAGAAAAUUCGAAGUUAGAAAUACUUAAACUUAAAGAAGAUAAAGACCUCCUCUGGUUUGAAAAACCUCUUGUUACUCUUCUUUUCGACUAUAAACGAUGGAAUCGUCCAGUGCGAUAUAUCAAAAAUGAUCAAUUUGAAGAUGCUGUCCGAGACGAAAUGUCACACUAUUUUUUUUUUACAUGUGAAAGUGAUGGAAAAGAAAGAAUCUCUUUUACAUAUCCACCUAGUUUGUCAAUCUUUUUGGAAAUGAUAAAAGGAAAGAUACUUUUGUCCACAACUGAAAAACCCUCUUCUGAAGAAUUGUAUAAUAAUUGGGUUUAUACCAACAAAAAAAAAAAAACGAACAUAAACAACGCAUUUUUCAAUAGAAUUGAUGCUAUAGAAAGGGGGUCUCUGAAACUGGAUGUACUUGAAAAAAGGAUUAGAUUCUGCAAUGAUGAGACUGAACAAGACUGCCUGCCUGAAAGGUAUGAUCCUUUUUUGAACGGAACCCGCCGUGGAAGCGAAAAAAAAAAAAAGUAUUUAAACUCAAGUUUGAAUAUGAAUGAGGCUUUCUCAGAAGAAGGUUGGAUUUGGAUAAAUAAAUUUCAUAAUAUACUUCCCACAAACUACCAAGAAUUUGAAGAAAAAAAGGAAAAAUUUGAGAGAAAAUACUUCCUUCCAGAAGAAGGAAAACUUAAUUCAGAAAAUAGAACGAAAUUUUUAUUUGAUGCGGUUACACCCGAUAGACAUCAUCAAAGAAUUAUAAAGGAAUCCAUUGGAAUAAAAGAAAUACGUAAAGAAGUUCCUCAAUGGUCAUACAAAUUGAUUACCAGUUUGGAUCAACAAGAUGGAACAAUUUUAGAAGAAACGGCUGAGGAUCAUGAAAUUAGGUCAAGAAAGGCCAACCAUGUAGUCAUUUUUACAGAUACCGAACGUACAAAUAGUACAACGAAUACUAAUGAUGAAGUAGAAGAAGUGUUUGUCCUACGUUAUGCGCAAGAAUCGGAUUUUCGUCGAGAUAUAAUCAAAGGUUCUAUGCGCGCUCAAAGACGUAAAACAGGUAUUUGGGAACCGUUUCAAACAAAUAAAUAA